AUGUACCUCGCAGUCCUUCGGGGGUCUAUAGGAUGCGUCCUCGGACAACAUGACGAAACUGGAAGAAAAGAGCAUGCCAUAUACUACUUAAGCAAAAAGUUUACUGAUUACAAGAGUAGGUAUUCAGUGCUUGAGAAAACCCGCUAUGCACUUGCUUGGGCUGCCAAAUGCUUGAGGAAAUACAUGCUUACACAUACGACACUCCCAAUCUACAAGAUAAAUCCAGUCAAAUACAUCUUCGAGAAGCCUGCUCUCAUCAAUAGAGUUGCUCGUUUGCAAAUGGCUCUAACUGAGUACGACAUUCAACAUGUCACUCCGAAAGAGGUCAAUGGAAGUGUCUUAUCUGACUAUCUUGCUCACCAACCCUUGGAGGAUUAUCACUCCAUCCACUUUGAAUUCCCUGAUGAAGACAUCAUGUUGAUAAGGGAUUGCAACAUCCCCGACCCCGAGGAAGGACCAGAACCCGAGUCUCGUUGGACACUUGUGUUUGAUGGAGCUUCUUACGCUCAAGGAAAUGGAAUUGGGGCAAUCAUCACCUCCCCCGUCUGGUUUUCAUCUACCCUUCACUGUGAGGUUGUGCUUUGA